AUGGGCUACUGGUCCAAGUUCAGGAGCAAGGCGUUCGUGGCCAAGGCGGUGGAUGAGGGGGGUGGGAAGGAGGAUGGGGGGGAAGAUGGCGCGGGAUUGCGGAAGGUGCUGUCUGCGUUCGACCUGGUGAUGAUCGGCGUGGGCGGGAUCCUGGGGGCGGGCGUGUUCGUGCUGACGGGGGUGGCGUCGAGCAAAUACGCGGGGCCUUCAGUUGUGCUCUCAUACGCUGUGGCAUCCUUGGCUGCCCUGUUCUCAGCCCUCUGCUAUGCUGAGUUUGCUGUUGACCUGCCUGUGGCUGGCAGUGCCUACAAUUACAUAUCCUUGGUCUUCGGCGAGUUCCCUGCUUGGAUCGCAGCCAUCAAUUUGAUAAUGGAGUACUGCCUGAGCUCAUCGACAAUAGCCAAAGGAUUCACUAGCUACUUUGGAUCUCUGUUACGCUUCGGGAGUGGCGCACUGACCAUCAACCUUGGAGACAGGGAUAUUUUCAAUCUGGACAUCCUGGCUUUUGUGCUGAUCUUAGGACUCAGCAUUCUGCUGUCCCUGGGCAUCAAGGCAUCUUCGUUGUUCAACAAUGUCGUCUCAGGCAUCAACCUGCUUGCCAUUCUCUUCGUGCUGUGUGCAUCGACGCCUUUCUUCAGGCCCGCCAACUUUGUGCCCUUUGUGCCAUUUGGGAUCAAAGGGAUGAUCAGGGCGGCGUCCAUCGUUUUCUUCACGUACAUUGGAUUCGAUUGCGUUGCAACGGUGGCGGAGGAAGUAAGAAACCCAACGAGGGACCUCCCAAUCGGGAUCGUGGGCUCUCUCUCCAUCGUGACGGCCCUCUACGUGGCAAUGGCUGUGGCAAUAACUGGACUGCAAAGCUACAAUGAAAUCGACGUCAAUGCCCCAUUCGCCACCGCAUUCAACAGCUUUGGCAUGCGCUGGGCCAGCGAGAUUGUGUCCAUUGGUGCAAUUACAGGGAUCGUGGCAUGUCUGAUGGUGACCCUCAUGGGGAUGGCGAGAAUCUUCAUGGUCCUGGGUCGUGAAAGGCUGCUUCCAGAGUGGAUGGCCAAGGUGCACAACAAGCAUAAGACGCCCUUGAACGCAACGAUCGUGACCGGCAUAGUGUCCGGGCUGCCAGCGCUGUUCCUCAACAUCGACUUUCUUGCAAAGAUGGUGUCCAUGGGGACGCUGUUCGUGCUGUGCAUGGUGAACGUUGGCGUGGUUUGGCGGCGCUACUUCCAGCCCUUCCAGUCAACUUCAUGCAAGCCCGUCAUCUGGAGGCUGGCGGUGAUGAUCACGGCGUCGAUUGUUGAGGGGCUGGUUUUGGAACAAGAUCUGCCCAUAUGGGUUUGGGGAGCGUCCAUUGGGACGUGGCUCCUGUCCACGGCGUCGUUUUGGUCCCUGCCUGUGGCAUACAGGGCGACGAAGUUCGCCCUGCCGCUGCAGCCCGUCAUCCCUGCCCUUGGCGUCCUGCUCACGGUGCACCUGAUGUGCUCGCUUGGGUGGGAGGCGUACAUACGGUUUUUGGUCUGGCAGGCGCUCGGCGUCACGGCGUAUUUGGGGUACUGCAUGCACCAGACGCCGGAUGCGCCGGGCGCGCAGGAAGCCAAGGUGCCCCUCAUGCUGGGCGAGGGCCCCUCGGGUUCCAAUGAAGACGCCGCGGAAUAUCUGGAGGAGGGGGGCCAUUUGCUGUAG